AUGGUGACCAAAGCAGAUCGCACUCAUGAAGUGCUCCUUUGGGGAGCUACUGGAUACACGGGAAAGAUCACUGCCGAGUACAUUAACAAAAACUUGCCCCUGGAUCUAAAUUGGGCUAUUGCUGGACGAGACCGUAAAAAGCUGGAAAGCCUCAACGAACAUUUGAAGACCCUGAAUCCAACCCGACCACUUCCUGCAAUUGAAAUUUUCCGUCUGAAGGAGGAGGACCUAAAUAUUUUGACGAGGAAAACCCAGCUCGUGAUCUCGACUGUAGGCCCCUUCCAGUUGUAUGGGAGUGAUCUUUUUCGUCUUUGUGCUCAAAAUGGCACACAUUACGUGGAUAGCACUGGAGAGUCUCCAUUCGUCGGGGACAUGAUUAAAGCGAACGACGAUUUGGCACGGAAGAAUGGGAGCAUUGUUGCCGUCAGUCACAAUCGCCGUAUCUUUGAUGCACCGACUAGGCGCGUCGAUGUCAGUAUACACAGUCUUAAGGGAAGUGUUAGCGGAGGCACAUUGUCGUCUUUCAUAAAUGCAUUUAAUCGCUAUAGCUUCGCCCAGUUAUACGCAAUCCAUGCGCCGUACUCCUUCUCGCCCAAGAAGCCAACCCCCACAGAGCCUAUUAAGUCGAGCAGCCUGUGGAUCAAACUCUUCGGCCUGCUCUAUAUCCGCAACUUGGGCUGGUUGGGCUACCAGUCACAGAGUCCAAUCGACCGCGCCAUUGUACAUAGCACUUGGGGACUCCUCGACGGUACGUCGGAGCGGUACGGUGAUAGCUUUGACUGGCAUGCCUGGGUGCGCUUGUGGGGACCAAUUGCCGCCAUUUUCUGGCAUUUUACCUUGUGGUCUCUGACAGCCCUGUUUUCGCUCCGCCCAGUCAGAUGGCUCCUGUCUAAGAUUUGGUACAAGCCUGGAAACGGCGUUGCGGCAGACAAAAUCCAAAAGAACUGGCUCGAAUACCGCACGGUUGCAAAUGUGGAUGACGGCCCUACACAAAAGCCUGCCAAAAAACGCAAAUCUGUGGCCAGGUUGCGUUUUGACAGUGACCCCUACUUCUUCACUGGAGUCACACUAGCCGAGGCAGCCAAAAUUAUUGUUCGCCGUAACGAUACCCAAGCACACCAACUCGGUGGCGGUGUGUUGACGCCUGCCACCCUCGGCGAUUCAUACGUGGCGGCUCUCAAGGAAGGGGGUGUGACAAUCGAGGUCAAAUCAGCAGAAGGAAAGGAGACGGUGAAGUGGUAA